CACAAGCAGUUUCCAUCCUUUCCUUAUCCAGAGUCCCUCUAAGGCUAGUAAGAACUACCAGCCCCAGGAAAGGGCAGAGGGUGAGGAGAGAAAAGGCAGGAUAGAGAGAAUCUCCUGGGAGAUGCAAAACAAGCUCCCUGGAUUGCCAGGACUAGUGGUGACACGCGCCAGACAAAGGACCUGCUACUCUAUAAAUGAGGCAGCCAGGACCCGCGCUAGGCUGACUCCAGCGACAACAGGCUCUGCGGCCAGGAUCUGUGAGAACCACCAGGAAAGAAAAAUAGGAAGUGUCCGAUCUUGCUGUCUGUUUGCCUGGUGACCAGGUCUCAAGAGGCACAAGCACCUGUGACCAGAAAAGACAUUAAGAAUGACAAGAAAGAUCUUCACCAACACCAGGGAGCGAUGGAGGCAGCAAAAUGUCAACAGUGCCUUUGCCAAGUUGAGGAAGCUCAUUCCCACCCACCCGCCAGACAAAAAACUGAGCAAGAAUGACACACUCCGGUUAGCUAUGAGAUACAUCAACUUCCUUGUCAAAGUUCUGGGAGAGCCAGGCCUGCAACAGACAGCAGUGGCAGCACGGGGCAGCAUCCUGGGCUUCUUCCAGCAAGCCCCACACUUGCAAAACGCGGAGGAGCUGACACUGAUUGAAAACUGUGGUGUCUCCUCUCCUGCCACGAGCAGCAAUAGAGCAGGGUGUUGGUCAGAGACGCCAUCUCUCUAGCAGACAAUGAGAUGUGCAGUCUUUAUAUUAGUCUGAUAGUCCCCCUCUUUUUGCAGAAUCUGUGUGUUGCUCCUCUAUGGAUUGUGAUUAUUUAUUUAUAUUUAUUACUGGCUUAUUUGGUAUACAUUUUUAUUUAAUAGGAAAGGAAAACCUUGGUCAGCCAACAACUUGGAGGACCAGACAGACAACUUGCAGCCCCUGGCAAUUUGGAAGGACUCACUGAAGCAGAGACCAAGACAGAAGGGCUUUGUGCCCUGAUCAAAUCCAUAAAUCAGACCAUAGAAAUUCAUCUGGUGUUUCUGGGAGGGAAAGAGAUUAUUCUAUUCUGCCAUGCUAUUUCAAGAAAACACUAAUGAGUUCACGAAUUACAACUGCAUUGCAAAAUUUGUCCAGGACAGACAUCUGGCUUAGGUAGUGCAAAAUUUUGAGAGGUGUGAUACUUGCCACAAUCCUCCACCAGUGAUUCUAGGGGAUAAUUGCACUCACUCUUGAGCCUGUGAAUCUUUUUUCCGGUUUCAUUCUUCUUUUUUGUAAAUGUAAGUCCUAGCCCUUAAGCCUGGCUACAUCUUCCUCUAUUAGACUGGUAUGAUCCCUAGUGCCAGAGCAACAUGCUAUUAAACUAAAUUAAAAGCAGAAUUAAAAAGCAAAAAUAAAAUUUUUGUUUUAAAUAAGACGACAAAGUCAUAGAUGAGUUCCAGUGGGCUCAAUAGGCAGAGUAAACCUCCUCCAUAUCAGUGACAAUGUGCAUGUGAAGGAAGCUGGUCAGCUCCACUCCAGCUGCCUUAAAAGCCCAUCAAACAGUUUGAUGGCUAAAUGUCUUUGAU